AUAUCCAAACAUAAAUUACCUCCCUUCUACAUUUCUUUUCCGGUUGCUAAUUUCCCAUUUCGAAACAUUGAAAAUGUCGAUUUGAGGCCAUAAUAUGAAGAUAUCUGGCUAUGGCUGUUUUCAGAUCUGAUCCUUGUGGUAUAAUCUGCAUUAUAAUAACAUACUCAGCAGUAUUUUAUGCAGAUUACGUCGUAAUAUGGCAUCUUGUUAUUCCUGCGAUGUCAAACACAUUAUGGGGAACCUUUUGUGUGAUCCUCUUCAAUCUGAUUGUAUUUCUAAUGACAGUGUCACACAUGAGGGCAGUGCUGUCUGACCCAGGGAUAGUUCCAUUGCCAAAAAAUGGACUGGACUUCUCAGAUCUUCAUGCUGGAAGAACAAUACCUAACACAAAGGAUGGCUGGAGUGUAUGUAAUAAAUGUGAGACCUACAGACCACCUAGAGCCCAUCAUUGUAGGAUAUGUAGAAGAUGUAUCAGGAAAAUGGACCAUCAUUGUCCAUGGAUAAAUAACUGUGUUGGAGAGUUGAAUCAAAAAUAUUUUAUACAGUUUUUGUUUUAUGUUGGUAUGGCUAGUUGCUAUGCAACUACAAUGGUGAUCACAUCCUGGGUAAUGGAUCCCAAUGUUACCAGCACAUAUAAGCACACAAAACUCAUUCAUUCUGUGAUCCUGAUAGUGGAGUGUGUUUUAUUUGGAAUGUUUGUUAUAGCUAUUGGUUGUGAUCAGAUAUCUUCCAUAUUAGGGGAUGAAACUCAAGUAGAACAAGUGAAAAAAGAAGGAAUAAGAAGAGAGAAAAAGUCCAUGUUUUCUUUGCUACAAGAGGUCUUUGGUAGAGGUCAUCCAUUAGGUUGGCUAUGUCCGCUGUUCACUGAAGCAUCGAAAGAAAGGCCAUCAAAACAGUAUAUUGUAUAAAACAUAUCAGUUGAUAAAAGACAGCAUAUCGAUCAAAUUGAAUCAUCUACUGUAUUUCCAAUGUCCUGCAAUAUAAGCCCACAGAUGAAAGAGCUUCAAUAGACUCAUGAGUUGUCAAUAAAUGGAUUAAAUAAGUCUAUGGCCAUUCCUGGUCAUUACACUGUAAGUCACAGACCAGUUUUGUUUGGAGUCUUACAACCAUAUACUACGUAUUGUAUCAUAUUGAGAAAUUAUACUGUGGAUUCAUUUAUUUUUGUGGGUAUCAAUUUUUGUGGAUUGAUGAAAACUUGUAAAUUUUCGUGGAUAUUUGAUUUCGUGUUUUUGCCAAACUUUGUAUACAAAGUCAAUUGAAAAGUUGUUAUUCGUUGAACAUUUGAAUUCGUGGUUCAUCUGUACCCACACAACCCACGAAAAUUGAUAUCCAACGAAUAUUAAUGAAUCCACAGUAUACAGUUUUACUAUGGAGGUUUGAAAAAUAUGAUGAAAUUUUAGCUACCAACAGAAAUAUCAGUAGACUUUUUACAUCUGUUUGGUUCAGUUUCCCCUGCGCAUAUGUUACAGGGGCAUCCAUUUGAACGGGAUCUAAUACGAGAAUUGUAUGGAUGUAUUUUACAAAUGUAAUCAUUGUCUGUGAUAGCUUGGGAACAUGAUAGACAUGAUAUUUGACUUGUAGAUAAAAAUCAUUCCAUUAGUGUAUGCAUCGGUAUAUAAAUGAACUUUGUGUACCUAAUUUACGUAUGUUCAAUAUUCAGUGAUAUCUAUUUAAUUUUUCCUAUAAGAAGUUGUGUGCUAUUGUUAUUAUUUUCUUUUAUUAAAUUUUAAUAUUUGGUUGAUAAAUUAUGAGGUAAAUUCCAAAAGCUAAAAUGUCAUUGUAAACACAUGAAACAUGGUAAAUAAAAUCUUUUUUUUUCCAUUGCCACAAUGUGGAACAAUUUUACCAGAUUUAUCUGUUUUUCAUUUAGGCCGACAACGUUUGAGUGUUAAGUAUGCAAAAACAUAUACCCGUGAUUAUUUUCAAUUAGUACCAAAAAAAUUGUCUUUUGAUAAUGUGCAUAAUUAUCCUGUCUCUUAUGCCUCUUGUUUGACAUUUGCAUUUUCUCAUUAUGUAUUAAAUCAUGUUUUUAAUCUAGAUCUUGUGGUAUUUUAUGUUAUAUAGAUUUUUUGGUUUAUAUAUUCAGGGACUCAUUUCACAAAAAAAAUCUGUAAUUAACAUUGCCUGUACCAAGUCAGGAAUAUGACAGUUCUUGUCUAUACAUUUUUGAUGCGUUAUGUUAUUUGAUUUUGCCAUGUGAUUAUGGACUUUCCGUAUUGAUUUUCCUCGGAGUUCAGUAUUUUUGUGAUUUUACUUUUUUCAAUACAACAUUUUUCCUAAGAUUUUUUUUGUGACAAGAUUAUUUUUGUGACAAGAUUCCUUUUGUGAAAUUAAGCCUCAUAACUACUGAAUCAUAAAAAAAUGUAAUGUAAUAAAAACAGCAACAAAGUUGUAAGUCUGUAAAUACUUUUAUUACAAGAGGUUAGCUCUCUAUAGCAUUAGAUUAAAGAGGAUAAUAUAUUAAAAAUUAUAACUCAUGUUAUUUCUUCCUGUGAGAGAGUUUGAAUAUGUGUGUAUAACUUGCAUAUAAGUGCUUCUUUCUUGGUAAGAAUUUUUUAUAUUUUGAGUAAAUUUGAGUUUGUUGUAAAUUAGCAGUAAGCAUUAAGAAUCAGUCAUGACAGAUCAACCUUAAAGUUUUUCAUACAUCAAUUUCUGUGUCACACUUUUAUGGAUUUCAAAAAAUGGACAAACAUGACAGAAGCUUUUUUGUAAAAUAAAAAAAAAAAAAGGAAUCCCAAUACAAAUUUAGAAUUUUGUUUUUACAUUUUUCAAUAUUUUUAAACUGCUAAGUGUCUUGGAACUUUAGUAAAAAAAAUUAUCCAAGUUUUGAAUAUUUUUUUUUCAUUUUUUUUGCAUUUUACAAAUUAAAGGAUUAAGUUUGUUUUGCAUUUAGAGAACCUUACAGUCAAUGAUUUACUAUUUAGACAUUGUCAACUUUCAUGGAAUAUUUCGAAAAUUGAAAAUAAGCUUCUAAAAGUUCUAGGAAUAGAAAUUUUUGGGGGUAUUUUUACUGCAUACAAAUGUAUCACUGAUAAAUGGACUUAAUUUUUCUUAUCAAUAAUACACUUGUUCACUGACAUCAGCGAUUGUGAGUGAGAAGCAUUGUUUAAUAGAAUCCUUAACAGUUGUAUAAGGAUUUUCAUAAUGAUUUUUUUUCAAUCUAUUGAAUAUUUUUAAUGAUAUAAUUUUUCAUGACUUUAUUUAUUUAAUUUAUUUUUUUAAUUAUAUAUAUCAUUGGUUCAUUUUCUUAUUUUGUGUUUUUAUACUUUAUAUAGCACAAUGGUGGAAUUAUCAUUGAUUUAUGAGGAUUCAGUUUGUAGUUUCAUAAUACUUUGUGAAUAACUAAUAAGUGAAAAAUUGACAUUUCAUAAGAGGUUGAAAAACACAUGGUUUGAUUUUGAAAUCCGUUGUAAACUUCUUGUGCACCUUGUAAAAUUGUUUUAAAAUAAAAUUUAUAUUUUAUGUAAAUGCAAUAACUGGUGCCAAUAAUAAUGUGUAUAUAUGGACUUGUGUAUUUAUUGUGAAAGUAUUUUUGCACUAUGAUUUUUUACAAUAAUUUUUGUGAUCAAUAUUUUUAUAUUAUGCUUCUAUCAGUACAGUAGAAUUAAUGCUAAUGUAAAGAAUUUUAGUUUGUAGCUGAAUGAACCUAUUCAAACAA